ACUGCUCAUUGUUUGCUAAAGCUGAACUCAACACAACAUCAACCAUGAGACUGUCCCUGUGUGUCCUGCUGGUCACUCUGGCCCUUUGCUGCUAUGAGGCAAAUGCAAAAGUCUGUCCAGCUCUUAUGGCUGAAGUUAGAAGCUUCUUUUUGGAACCUGAAGGGUUCUACAAGAUCAACCUUGUAAAAUUUUUUCCACCUGGAGAACUCAUUGAGGCCGCGAUGAAAGUGAAGAAAUGGGUAGAUCUUAUGCCCUUCCAAGACAGAGCAAAACUUUACAAUUUUGCGAAAAGUAUACAGUCCCAAUGUAACAAGUAGACUUUAAAAAUCUUGCACACGAGCGCCUCUGUCAUUCAAGGAUGGCCUGAUC